AUGGCCACCAACCUACAAAAGCACCUCUCGCGGACAGGCGGGCCGAAUCUUAACUUCUACAAUCGAACCAAGUCUCGAGGCCAACCCCUGAAGGAUCUGGGGGGAGUCUACAACAGUCUCGACGAGCUUGCCACCAACUCCGACGUCAUUUUCAUGUCUCUGAGCGACGAAAACGCGGUUAAAUCGGUUGUGGAUACCCUUCUAGAGACAAAUGGUGCGGCCUGUGAUUUCAACAGGAAGAUCAUUGUGGACACCUCGACCAUCCGUCCUGACUCUUCAGCCAAGAUGCAGUUGAGGCUGAAAGAAACGGGAGCCGAGUACGUUACGGCUCCAGUGAUCGGUACCAUCCCCCUCGCCACAAACGGCCAGCUUCUGUGGGUAUUAGCAGGGGCGGAUGCAGCUAUCGAGACCAUCAAUCCAUACAUCGUUGGCGUGAUGGGGAGAGGAGUUAUACGACUGGGAACCGAUGUACGGCUUGCGAGCAUACUAAAAGCUGUUGCGAACUCCCUCACGAUCGGUAUGAUGGAAAUAGUCGCCGAAGCCCACGUCUUUUCGGAAAAGGCCGGCCUCCGAACCUCGGACGUGGAAGAACUGAUCCGGCAGCAAAUCGGACCGGCAGGACUUAUGUGCUCGCAACGGUUGACCACCGGGGUGUAUAUGCCCCCGCGGGGCGAGAAGCCGUGGACCGACAUCAACUUCGCGCUGGCGGGCGGGAAACAAGUCCUGGACACCGCGACGGGCUUCGGGGUGAAGCUCGCCAUUUCAUCCCUCGUCUCGAGACACUUGGAAGAGGCGAAAGCGUACGGCGACGCGCAGGGCAGAGAGCUCGACGUCUCCGCGAUCUACGGGGCCUUGAGAAAGGAUUCUGGUCUCUCUUUCGAGACGGAAUACGUGAAGAGAAGGGAUGGUUUGCUGUGA